GUUGCAGAAUUACGGAUGCAGGAGCUUGUAACGUUAGAGAUCGAUGGGGCAACAAGAGGAAACCGUCACUUUGUUGGAAUCAACGCAAGAACCAUCGUCGCUGACAAAGUCGUUAUCCGUAAUCUAGCACAAUCUGGAAGAAGCUUAAAGCGCGGAUCUAAACUGUCGAAAAUUUUAGACCUUGGACUGGAAAUGGACGAACAGUAUAAAAUAUCAAAGUCAGACCAAACGUUAUUUAAAUCACAGGAGAAGCUUAACAUUCAGUGGAACGGAAUUGUGGCAGAUCUUAUAUCUGGAAGCGCUGAUAUGUCAUUUGCCCCAUUGAGUGUGUCAAGGGAACGAGCAGAAGUAAUUGAUUUCAGUGUCCCGUUUUUUCACGGAGGAGUAUCGUUAUUAGCUGCCCCACAAACGAAUCCCGAUGUUCCACUAUUGGCGUUUCUAUUACCUUUUUCCCCCGAGUUGUGGAUUGCAAUUUUCACAUCAUUAAAUGUGACUGCCAUCGCAGUUGCAAUAUAUGAAUGGUUGAGUCCUUUUGGAUUAAACCCUUGGGGGAGGCAGCGAAGUAAAAAUUUUAGUAUGUCUUCAGCUCUAUGGGUUAUGUGGGGUCUACUAUGUGGUCAUCUAGUGGCUUUCAAAGCCCCAAAAUCAUGGCCCAAUAAAUUUCUCAUUAACGUUUGGGGUGGAUUUAGUGUGAUCUUCGUCGCAUCAUAUACAGCUAAUAUCGCUGCGUUAAUAGCUGGCUUAUUUUUCCACAACGAAGCAGGCAGCUACAACGGUCCGCUAUUAAAACAACGUAUUGGUGCACCUAUUGCAACGGCAACAGAAUACUAUGUACAGCAAAGUGAUAAAAUGCUAUGGGAACAUAUGAAAAAAUACCAACUGCAAAAUAUUGUAGAAGGAAUCAACAGAUUGAAAAAUGGUACGCUGGACUUACUAAUGGCUGAUUCACCAAUACUCGAUUACUAUAGAGCGACUGACCACGGGUGUUCGUUCCAGAGAGUUGGUGAUACCUACGUGGAAGAUUCAUACGCAAUCGGCAUGCAUAAAGGUUUUCCUUUGAAAGAAACAAUUUCAGCAUUGAUAUCGAAAUAUUCCGCUGACGGUUAUUUGGAUAUUUUGACUGAAAAAUGGUAUGGAGGACUAGCUUGUUUUAAGAUCGAUCGGGAAUUGGGACAACCAAAACCCUUGGGAGUAGCAGCUGUUGCAGGAGUGUUUCUUCUACUAAGUCUCGGGAUGCUGCUUGGAUUUUUUAUUUUGAUAUUUGAACAUUUAUUUUUUAAAUAUACUCUUCCAAUUUUAAGACAUCAGCCGAAGAACACCAUUUGGAAAAGCAGAAAUAUUAUGUUUUUUAGUCAAAAAUUGUACCGGUUCAUUAACUGCGUUGAACUAGUUUCACCUCAUCACGCUGCGAAAGAAUUAGUGCAUACUAUUCGGCAAGGACAGAUUACUAGUUUGUUCCAAAAAAGCAUCAAACGGAAGGAAGACGAACAGAAGCGUAGACGUAAAAGUAGAGCUCAAUUUUUCGAUAUGAUCCAGGAAAUACGACGAACUAUGUAUUUAAACAACACACAAGAGCAGGAAGGUACAUCGGUGAAAACAUCAACUAAUGAUAUCGUGCCAGGUUUAUCUCCAUCUACUACUGCCACUUUUACCGAAAAAGAUAAACACAGCCCAAAUACCGCAAUUUUUAGUAUAAGGAAGCAUAAGUCCAAUCCUACAUCGUUAAAUGUACGGCGUUUUAGCACAGACAGUGUAUUAAGUGAGCGUUUAGACACUAUUGGGCGCCGUUUGAGUCGAGAAAUGACAAAUUCUCCACCGGAUCUGUUACAUAGGUUUGAAACAUUUGGCAGAGCAUUAAAUGGUGAUGGAAAAUUUGACACAUAUUCUGGAAAAGAAUCAAAAGAUAAAGAAACAAUGCAAAAAUAUGAUACGUUAAGUGGAAAGAUUGAAGAUUGUACAUCUAAGAGUGAAGAAAAAAUACCUGAACUGCCCAAAAAAAUUGGUAAACAUAUUCGUCGAGCUCCACUGAAGCCUGAACUUUAUGUAAAAAAUAAAAAAAAGAUAUGUGAAGAGGUACAUAAGUUGAUACCUAUAAACGAAAGAGUGGCACAUGGUCUCGCUCCUUCAUUCAUCGAAUUGGAUACUAGUAGCGCUCUUUUACGAGAUAAGCUACAUGAAGAGCUGCGAAUGAAAUACGGCUCGCAUGGGUUUAGCAAUAAUGAUCGAAAAUCAAAAACUCAAAACAAAAACUCUUACAUCUUAUCUGGGUCAAUAACGCAUGUUAACAAACGGGCAAAACUACUAACACGUAGAAUUAUGGAUGGCUCAGAUACAAAAAUAUCUUCAACCCACGAUGAGUCGACCGAAGAAAACACCAAUACUAUUUUUCCUCAAUCGUGUGACAAUGUAAAGUAUUAGCCUCAAGUAAAUUCAAACUAUGAAACAAUUAAGAUUCUUUUUAUAGGUGUGAUUAUAGCGAAAAACGAUUAAAAAAAACAUUUGAAUUAUCAUCUGUUAUCUGAAUUACAUAUUUAAAUAAUUCUAGAUAUUGGUAUUCAGUUUUUCAAGUUUCCGAGUCUACCAACCUUACUAUCCUGCGACAUUGACGUUACCAGCACAUUACAUAGUACGUACUCAGGUUUAGAUGAACAGUACGUUUUUACGUAUGUGCUGUACACAAAAAUAUAAAAAUAUAAAUUUCAUGUGAACUUUUAACAGUUGUAAAUGAUGCCUUCUUUAAAAUUUCUAUUUUCGUCUCAUUCCAUCAUAUUCCUUCCUGAACAAUAGUCCACGCCAGGUAACCUUGUGAUGUGAAGGGUAGGUGAGCCAGUAAUGACAAGUGCAGCAGUUAUAGCUUAAUAUAUUUUAUAUAGUGACAUACAAAAAGUUAAUAAUUUUUAACUAUGAAAUUGUGUAAGCUGAAUAGACGAAAAUAGAACACCUGUCGAAGCCGGUGUUCUAUAAGUAAUAUGACAUAUUUUCUGGACGUGACUAGAGACUUCAAUCUGUAGAAACUAGCUUAGUGAACAAAAAAUUGAAUGGUGAUUCGAGAAAAAAAGUUACUUCUUAACCGUCAGAGUGUGAAAACGUACAGUUUCGUACGCUUCUUAACUUUAAAUGCGCGGUGGUCAAUUAGUGCCUAUUUUCAAAUCUGGGCGUAAAUCUGACAUACGUAAUUAUCGUGGAAUCGCUAUUAUCUCUUGCAUACCUAAACUCUUUCAGGCAAUUGUCAAUGAAAAGAUAUUUGCUCAAGUCAAAAAUCGAAUAACUGACAAACAACACGGCUUCUUCAAAGGCCGCUCUACAUCCACAAAUUUACUUGAAUUCGUAGAUUACUCAUUGAAUGCAAUGGAUAAUGGGAACCAUGUUGAAGCUCUUUAUACAGACUUUAGCAAAGCAUUUGAUCGUAUUGACAUACCAAUGCUACUUUUUAAACUGCAAAAAAUUGGAAUUGAGUCUGGUCUCCUGAAGUGGCUUGAAUCAUAUUUAACAAACAGGCAACAAAUAAUAAAAUUUAAUGGAAAAAAGUCAAAUCCCAUUCAAGUUACUUCAGGUGUUCCCCAAGGCUCCCACUUAGGACCACUUCUUUUUAUUUUGUACGUAAACGACAUUUCCUUCAUCCUCAAAAAUAUUAAAGUUCUAAUAUAUGCCGACGACAUGAAGCUGUUUUUGGAAAUAAAAAGUCAAGAAGACAUCAAUGUAUUUCAGAAUGAAAUCCACACAUUUUACAUCUGGUGUAAGAAAAGCCUACUUGAAUUAAAUGUAAAAAAAUGCAAUGUAAUAUCCUUUAUCAGAAAACUAACAACGCCCAAAAUUGUAAUUGCAUUAGGGGAUCAGAAUGUGAAGAAGUGUGAUAAAGUUAGGGAUUUAGGAAUAAUCUUAGAUUCUGAACUUAAUUUCAUCGACCACUAUAACACUAUCAUACACAAGGCAAACAACAUGUUAGGGUUCAUCAAACGCUUCUGCUACAAUUUUCAAAACCCGUACACUAUCAAAACUUUGUAUAUUGCCUAUGUGAGGUCAAUACUGGAAUACUGUAGCAUUGUGUGGUCUCCUCGUCCUGGCGUACAUGAAGAAAGAAUAGAAUCAGUACAAAAGCAAUUUCUACUAUAUGCUCUUCGUAAGCUAGGUUGGACCGCACAUCGUCUUCCGUCAUAUGAAGCACGCUGCAUGUUGAUUGACAUUCAAACAUCAAAAGAACGGCGAGAGUACGCGAUGGCUUCAUUUGUAAACGAUAUCGAUUCGCAGAACGUUGACUCAGCAGUACUACUUUCUAAAUUGAACUUUUAUGCACCCAUUCGUCAACUUCGACACCGUAGUUUAUUUGCUCUUAACCAUCAUCGUACGGAAUACGCAAAAAAUGGACCUAUAAAUAGUAUGAUGAAUUCUUAUAAUCAACAUUGCGAAGCCAUUGACUUUACGAUGUCCCGGUAUAAACUAAAACAGUAUUUCAAGUCCUUGAGGCUGAGGACACAAAAUUAAUUUGUUUUAUGUUCGUGUAUAGUUUAGAAAUUAUUGUAACCAGUCUACAUAUAUGAUUGACGAAAUAAAUAAAUAAAUAAAUUCCGUCAAAUAGACAAAUGUGUAGAAAGCGUAACGUGUAAUCAAAGCAUGCUGGUUAAACAUAAUUUAAUAGCCAAACCUGAUAAUUGGACUAUAUAUUACUCACUGGUAUUAUGUCAUGCUUUUAAAUAUGUAUUUCGCAUUGCUAAAAAUAAAAAAUAAUUCGUAUAGUACCUAUUAA